UACGCUGUGAGUGCGUACCUUAGCUGAGACAGGAAACAUGAGCGCGGUUUGUUGUCUGUACUGAACUCGCUUGUUUGGUUUAAAACAUAAACAAAUAGUCUUCACUUUUUUACAUUCUCGGUCAGUGGGUCGCUAUGCCUCAUUCAGACCGGUCGGGCUCUGACGGCGGCGGGGGGCCUCGCAGUCCUCGGGCCCGGAGACCUCGGACUCGCUCCCGUAGCCGUAACCGUGGCGGCAGCCACGAACGGAGCCUGUCCCCGUACAGCUUCGGGCCCAAACUCCCGAAGCCGCGGAACCGGGAAAGGGAACGCGAAGAUGGGGAGCGUCGGUUCCGAGAGGCGAGAAAUAUCAAACGGAUCCGCAUGGGAAGCCGCAGCCGGUCCCGGUCCAGAUCCAGAGAACGACACAGCACCACCAUCCCCACCAGCGUCAACAGCAGCACCAGCAACACCACCAGUUACAACCACUGGUCCGAGCAGAGAGACGUUCCGGGGAAAUAUGGCAGCUUCAAGGAUGAUUAUCACUACGAACAACACCGGGACGACGCUCAGAGACAGAGACAAGAGGUCUUUAUAGCCAGGCGUUUGCAAGAAAGGGAGAGGAUCGGGGAGACAGGUCUUCCUGAAGUUUGGGGAUAUUCCCCAAGAGUAAAAGAACCAGACUCUGACGAAUUCACACCAGUUGAAGAGGACGAGAAAAACAGCAGCUCAGAGUCGAGCUCAGAAGAGGUGAAGAAAAAGAAGAAGAAGAAGAAGAAAUCCAAGAAAAAGAAGAACAAAAAGCAUUCGGAGGACAGUGAGCUGGAAUCAGAAUCAGAUGAAGAAGAAAUAAAGAAGAAGAAAAAGAAAAAGAAGAGCAAAAAAUCCAAGAAGUCCAAGAAGAAGAAGGAGAAGAAGAUUCAUAAGGAGAGCAACUCCAGCAAGGAGGAGGAGGAGGCAGCUGCAGGAGAGGAAGAUGAUCCCAAUGGAGUGUUGUGGGUGGAGAAAACCUGCAUCGAUGAGCAUUUGGUCGGCCCCGAAGCUCCGCUCACCCACUUGUCCCAGGACGACAGGCCUUUGGAUUUCGGUCAUGCUCUGUUGCCAGGUGAAGGUGCUGCCAUGGCACAGUAUGUGCAAGCGGGUAAACGUAUCCCGAGAAGAGGAGAGAUCGGUCUCACCAGCGAUGAGAUUGCAAACUUCGAGGUAUCUGGUUAUGUGAUGAGCGGCAGCAGACAUCGUCGUAUGGAGGCUGUGCGUCUGAGAAAGGAAAACCAGAUCUACAGUGCGGACGAGAAGAGAGCUCUGGCGUCUUUCAACCAGGAGGAGAGGAGGAAGAGGGAGAGCAAGAUCCUGUCGAGCUUCAGGGAAAUGGUUUACAGGAAGACCAAGGGCAAGGAGGACAAGUGAACGUCCAUGUCAGAUUCCUCUUUUUAUUUUUUUUAUCAAAACCUUCACCUUUUUAUCCUGUGACUUCAGAUGUCUAUUUUUUUUUUAGGAAAAUACACUUUGGUUUGGGG